AUGAGGCCCCUCAAGCAGCAGCAAAAGGAGGGGGCCCCCCGGGGGGCGCUCCUGGGGGCCCCCUGGGUUGCACUGUGGGGCGCGGAGUGGCUCAGCCACUUGGGGCCGCUGCUGCUGCCACUGCUGCUGGAGGCCCAAAUUGAGCCUUGCCCCGUGCAGCAGCUGCAGCAGCAGCAGCAGCAGCAGCAGCAGGGGGCUGUGCUGCUGCAGGAGGAGCAGACGCAGGCGAUAGCAACACUUGAGGCCUUGACUCGCACGCGGCCGGCGCGCCGCCGCUUCAUAGAGCGGCAGAGUCAGGUUUCAGAGGACCCUGCUGCUGCUGCUGCUGCUCCUGCUGCUGCUGCUGUUGCCCCUGCUGCUGCGGUUGCUGCUGCGGGGAAUAGACUGCUGCGCCUGCUGCUGAGGGAGCUUUUAGUGGACGCAAAAAGGCAGUCCUCGCAGCUGCCGACGGCUGCAGCAGCAGCAGCAGAAGCAGCUCCAGCAACAGCAGCAGCAGCAGCAACGUGCAAGGACCCCAGCAGCGACAAUGGUAGAACUGCAGCAGGUGAUAAAGAUGCAGCAGCCCCAGAGCAGCAGCAGCAGCAGCAGCAGGUUGCUAGCCGGUACAGCGCAUCGCAGAGGGUUUCCCUGCUGCGUCUUAUCUUCAGGCUGCUUGAUGUGAUACCGGCAGAGGGGCGCGCAGUGCCUUACGAAGACUUAGCGGACUUAGUCGCUGCUGAUGUGUCUUUGUGGAAUUUGUCUCCUUUGCUGAGGGAGCGUCAGGCGCUGCUGCUGUACCGGCUGCUGCAGUGCAAAGAAAACAGCUGCAGCAUCAUUAGCAACGAGCUGCUGCCACCCGCCAGCGCAGGCGCCAACAAUCAGCAGCAGCAGCAGCAGCAGCAGCGGGCAGAACCUGCAGCAGCAGCAGCAGCAGCAGAAGCAGCAGCAGCAUCAACAGAAGCAAAGCCUGUUCUCACCUUCCUGACGGACCCUACCACGAUGUACAGACACCGCAACCCCCUGGCGAACUUGGGAGUAUGA